AUGAUAGAUGCGUUCGAACUCUACCACAAAGCUCAAGAAGCCUCGCCCGGUCAGGAUGCGCCAGCAGGAAAAGGGUCUGCGCUCGAAGCACUAGGCCACGGCAUCGCUGGCUCCGCAGGCGCCGCACUGUCCAACGCCGCCCUCUACCCUGUCGACCUGAUCAUCACUCGGCUCCAGUUGCAGCGCCAGCUCCGACGCGACCAGUCGCAGCCAGGCGAGAGCGAAUACAAGGGGUUUCUCGACGCAGUGGAGAAGAUCUACAAGAAUGAAGGUGGUAUCGCCGGCCUUUACACGGGGCUCCUGCAGGAUACGGGCAAGACAGUAGCCGAUUCGUUUCUCUUCUUUCUCAGUUACAGUUUCUUGCGAGAUAGGAGGCUCGCGGCCAGGGGGAAUGCCAAAUCACUACCGGCGCUCGAAGAACUGGGUGUCGGCUUUGUUGCUGGCAGCUUGACCAAAUUGGCUACCACUCCGAUUUCAAACAUUGUCACGAGGAAACAGGCUGCUGCACUCAUGGCAGCAACUGAGACGGACGGCAACAGCGGUGGUGAUGUCAGUGGAAAUGCCCAGAUCAAAGUACCGUCGGCCAGGGAAAUCGCCCAAGAUAUCAUGCAGGAAAAAGGACUAGCCGGAUUUUGGUCAGGGUACUCUGCGUCGCUGGUACUGACGCUGAAUCCUUCGCUGACGUUCUUUCUCUUCGAGACGUUGAAGAAAGCCAUCCUCCCACGCCAUCGAAGGGAACACCCCCCGCCAUCAGUCACCUUCCUCUUGUCGGCGCUCAGCAAAUCGUGUGCCAGUUCCAUCACAUACCCGUUCAGUCUGGCCAAGGCACGUCUUCAAGCGGGCUCCAAAAGAGAGGAUCAUGACGAGAAGGAGGUCAUCGGUGGGGACGUGGCGAGUGAGAAGGGCCGCAAAGCCGCACGAGCGACGGUGUUCAGCACCGUUCUGACCGUGGCACAGACCGAGGGUGUGUCGGCACUGUAUGAAGGGUUGCAGGUGGAACUGAUCCGAGCAUUCUUCAGCCAUGGUAUGACCAUGGUGGUCAAGCAGGUGGUUCAGCGACUCCUGGUGAAAGCGUACUACAUCAUCUCCAUCAUUGCCGGGCGAUAUAAGCGGAAAUUGGGCUCAAGGCGCAUGGCCGAGAGGGCAAGGAGUAGCGUCGAAUACUACAACCUUGCCAUGGCGCGGGCUAGUGAGAGGAUCGAAGAGGCGGGCAAUUUGGUGAAGCAAAAGGCCAAUGAGACUGCCGAGUUCGUGGGCGAGUAUGUGGAGGAAGAGGCGGGUGAAUGGAGGGAUUUGUACGGGACCACGGGCCUGGCGAGGUGGCUUGAUAGUGGAAGGGAUUGA